CAGUGACGUUUCUCAGCCCGGGGUCUGUACACAACGCUGGGGUGAAACAGAAAGGAGGCAGCAGACUCUUUCCUCUUACAGACUACAGCUCACUGUAGCUGGCUGAGCUAAUGGGGUCCUUUGGGAAUAGCAGAACGCGAACAGUGCUAGAAGUGUAAAGUAGCGAGGCGGUUAGCAGCAGCUUAGCUUCACUCAUUUCCUCUGACACGACAGCGGCGUGGGGCGUUUACGAGCAGGGACACAUUAAUCAUGAUGAAGAAAAAGAAAUUCAAGUUUAAAGUUGAUUUUGAGCUGGACGAGCUGUCUUCAGUGCCGUUUGUUAACGGGGUUCUAUUCUGUAAAAUCCGCCUGCUGGACGGAGGCUUUUCGGAGGAAUCAUCACGAGAAAUGGUCCAGGCAAACUGUGUGCGCUGGAGAACAAGUUUCUCGUUUCUAUGUAAAAUGAGCGCCAGUGCUGGAACAGGAGUUCUUGAUCCUUGCAUAUGCCGUGUUUCUGUCAGAAAGGAACUGAAAGGUGGGAAGACUUAUGCAAAGCUGGGCUUUGCUGAUCUGAACCUGGCUGAGUUUGCAGGAUCUGGGAGCACGACACGCCGCUGUUUACUGGAGGGCUAUGACACCAAGAACACCAGGCAGGACAAUUCUAUUCUCAAGGUGAUCAUCUGUACUCACCUCAUGUCUGGAGAUCCUUGUUUCAAAACACCUCCAUCCACAGCAACAGUGAUUGGGAUCCAGGGGGAUGGAGAGAGUCUGCUGGAAGAGCGAAGAGGUGGAGACACCCAGAAACCCUUCUUGGGGCUCUCGGAAGCCACAGGCAUGUGUGGCUCUCUGCCAGAGGAGCUGGGUGUGUGUGGUCAUUCCCGAACCUCCAGCUAUGCUAGUCAGCAGUCUAAAGUAUCAGGUUAUAGCACGAGUCACUCACGCUCCUCCAGCCUAUCCGAGUUCACCCAUAAAAGGAACACAUCAGUUGGUAGUGCAUCCACAGGCAUUGCUAGCAUCCCUGAGCCCAGUGAGGAGGGUCCGAACACUAUAGCAGCUGCUGCUGCUGCUGCCACCCUUGGAGCCUGUAACACCUCGUCAGUAAACCCUGCUACACCAGACAGAACUUCUAACAGGCACCCAAUGAAGCAAGACUCGAUGGAAUCUCAGAUGAAACGGGUAGAUGCCACUAGAGUUGAUGCUGAUGAUGUGGUAGAGAAAAUCCUGCAGAGCCAAGACUUUACUCCUGGCAUGUUUGACUCAAGCAAUGAAGAGGAGGGUCUUCGUUUAUUUGUGGGUCCUGGAGGAAGCACAGCACUUGGCAGUCAUCAUCUACCAGCAAGGGUUGGUGCUGGUGCUUAUGAGCAAGUGGUGAUCAAGCGCUAGAGCUGAAAGGUGCCAUGUAGAGAGGGGCCACAAACCAAAGUCAUGAAGAGAGGGAGGGCCCUUCAAACCCCUUCUUUCCAGUAGUGUGACUUUAACAUCCAUUCACUGCUGGUGGAGCUGGUGAGGAUUUUCAAAGGUGCAUUGGCUCCUCUGAGUCCUGGGGUAACUUAACUUUUCAAUCCCGAAACUCCCUGCUUUCCUCUUUGACUUGCCUAUAAAACAUUCAACAAAGGAGGGAAACUAGUCUUACAUGUUGUAACAGGAAACAAUCCUCUCCGUGUUUUGCUUGGCUGGCAGUUUUGUUCCAGGCUUUUGUCAGCUUCAUAAUGAGGAUAUUAAGCUCAUCAUUUUGAUCUUGUGUAUUCAGGGGUGAAGGUUUCAUUUUUUUAAAUUUUUAACAUUUGGGCAUAUUCAGAUGAGUCAUGCAUCAGUAUUGUGUGUGUGUGUGUGGGGGGGGGGGGGGUAUUUGGAUGCAGCGUUGCAGCAUUCUAGAAGGUCACAUCACCAAUGUUGAGUAGUAGUGCUUCCUUUUGCUGAUCUUAUUACACUAUAAGGGAAACCGAACCAACUAUCUGGCAUUGGGCAGACAGUCUGACUUUAGAGAAGAGAAUAGUCACUUACUGAACAAGCAUCCAUUUACAUUUAUAUAAGUGAGUAAUAAAUUCUGAUAGCGCUUAAUAUUUGAAUAGAUAGAAUAGCUGUCAACCCUUGUAUGCUGUAUUUCUGUCAGAUUUGAGCAUUAGUUCAUCUUUUUAGUUUGUUAGACGGUUUGUUUUCAGCUGCUAUGUUGUUUUUGGAUGUUGGUUUUUUGUGGAGUUCAGUUUGAGUCUAACAAUUGUUUGUGCAUUUGGUUGUACAGCCUUUUCAAGUAUUGUCUCACUCCUUCAGCAUAGCAUAAAUGGGGCCAAAGUCAAAUUUCUCAGACACUGCCAUUACAAAAACUGUGUAUUCAGGCAGUUUGAUCAUUCAUUAUUGCACUUUGUUCACAUUAUGACUACGCUGAUCCUUUUUUAUUGAGAGCUGAGAUAUGACAGAAAACCGAAGGAAAGAAAUUCAAUAUUUUAUUAUAGUGACUUAUAGUCUUUGCCUCUGUGAAAGCAGGUUUAAAUUUUAUUUGAGGUGCUAGAGAAAUGUAGUCCGAUGUGACCAUCUUUUGCUUAACUUGUACUAUGUACAUUUACUGCUAUUGUGGUUUUAAUUUUUUAUAUCAGAAAUGCUACAAACUUCAUAUGAAUGUCUACAUGUUUUGUGCAUAUCAGAUGUCUACCCUGAUGUAUUGUUGCCUACUUGUUUUAAUGUGCUUAUUCUGAUUGAUUGUCUGCUGGUGUAAACAUGUUCCAGGUUCUCUACGGUUUUAUUUAUGUGUCAUAUUAAAGCCAUAUGUUUUACAAAGUGAGCCCACUUCUUUGUAUGUGUUCUGAAGCAGGACUAGCUAUGGGGAAUGGGUGCAUUAAAUAUCUCUAGUGUAUAAAUGCCUGUAAUAACCGAUUAUGCUGAGUCUGAUAUGAUGUAAUAUCAGUGUUGUCAUGGGUUAAACACCACUGCAAAACAUCAGUAUUGUGUUUUCUAACACAUUUCCAAAGAGCAGUGUUUCAUGUGUUAUAUCCUUACAGUGUUCAAUAUCAGAAAUCCUAAAUAUUUGACUAGUUGACAUUGUGUGUAGGUACCUUGUGUUGUAGUAAACACCAUGGUGUUUUUUUUUAAUCUCUUCUGUGAAGCUUUUGCUCCUUGUACUAUACUACUGUACUUGUCAUGAUGUAACGGUGACUAUGCUUUUUACUGUUCUGCAUUGCUAUUGUGAUGUUCAACUCUUUUUAACCAAUGCUGACCAUGUGUACCGCACACUGUUAAAUAAACACUGAAUAAACCUGA